GGACACAGCUAUCCACAGAAAUUAGCAGAAACUUACUGCUCCGAGCUCCGAACGGAGGAAGAGAUCUACCGUAAAUACGAAGAAUCGAAACGUCUCUUUUCGAAAAUUGGGAUGAAUCUUCGGGAGUACGUUUCUAACUCCGCGAAUGUAAAUUCGAAAAUACCGGAAAAAGACCGCGCUGCCCCAGGUGAAAUGAAAAUACUUGGUGUCAUUUAUGAUACAACCAGCGACCGCUUCACAGUGAAAGCAAAAUUCGAAAUGAAGCCAAUCCUCACAAAAAGAGAAGUGGGUGAUUUCGAAAAUGAUAACGUAGAAAUACAUUUCGUGCACGUACCAACUCUUCUAAACCCAGCGGAUGCUGGAACCAGAGGACUUACUUCUGUGCAACUUUACGAUCAUCCAUGGAUCACAGGUCCUUCUUGGAUAAUGGGCGAAAACAUGAAAGCCCUUAAACCGAUCGAAGAUAUCCACAUUCGUGAAAAUGAGCCUGAUUUCACCGAAGCUCCAAGUAUCAUAGUAAGCGAACCAAAACAAACAAGUUCACUAAUCGAUCUUGGAAACGCUCCUUCGCACAGUGGCCAGGGUAGGAAAAGGUCUUUAAAAAUAAAAAUCAAACCCAUAGUGUUGUCAAAAUUUGACUCUGCUCCACACAUUUCGGCAGACGAUAUGAAUUUAGCCGAGAAGUUACUUAUUCGAAAUAUUCACGAGAAUGUUAAACUUGACGAACUUCAAAAACGAUUCCCAAGACAAAAGAUAAUACGGGAUUCGGAC